UUCAGUAUUUUUACAACUAUUUUGAACGGGUAUCACAGCUAGCACUGCAUUCCGGGAUAUUAGCUAUUGAAAAGACUGCUAUAACAGUACACUGUGGUAUUAGAAGUAUAAUAAUUCGUUCACCAUGCCUGAUGUAUCGCAGGUUGCACAGGGCACAUCAGGCCAAUUCCGUUCGUUUCCUUGCUUCGAGCCUCUCCGCACAGUAGAAUUUUGUCCUCUGGCGAGUGACACGGACAGAGCGCUGAUAGCAGCAGGUGGUGACACACGUGUAGCCAUCGGACAAUUUCAGACCUCAGAGGUCGACCCUGCAACUCAGAAUUGCUCGGCACUUUCAUCUUUGUCGUAUGAGUCAAUCAUCAAUGUCCGUCACGAUACGGCUGUGAGUGCGAUUGCCUGGUCUCCGUGCACAAACACGGACAUCCCUCAGGCGCGGCUAAGUUUCUGCACUGCAGGCAGUGAUCAUGUAAUUCGGUGCUACCAAGGAGAUGCCCAUCAGCAGACAGUUCAGUCGUUGAAUGGCCACACGUCGUAUGUGAAUGCAUGUGCGUACGAGCCGCUGGAAGGUACUCGUGUAGCGACUGUUAGUGAUGAUCGUUCCUGCUGCCUGUGGGAUGUGGCUACCGGGCAGUGUAUAUCCCGUCUGCCUCUGAGCUCCUACGGCAUGGCGGUGCGGUGGCAUCCCAGCGAUCCCCUCAAGUUGAUGGUGGCCGAGCGGCAGGGCACCGUGACUAUCUAUGACCUGGUCUCCUGCCAGCCCAUCAUGACACUACUGACCAUGGGAGCAGGUGCACUAGUGGACGCCGACUGGUCGCCAGUGAACAACAAUCUGUUUGGCGCGGUUGCCGGUAAUCACUCCUAUGUGUGGGAUGCUUCCAUGGGAAGCGAACCUCAAGAAACUCGCGUCGUUCACAACGAUGGUGCUGUCAAAUUCAGAUGGUGUCGCACGGCGGAGCAACAGUUUGCCACGCUGGGCUACCCACCACAUCACUUCAAGGUGCAUCUCACAGGCUCACAAAAGGUUCCCAUCACGCAGUCCUUCCCAGUCGCUGGCGGCCUCAGCUGGCACCCGACGUUCCCCCUGUGUGCCAUCGGAGGCGACCGUCAGAUCCACGUAUGCGAAUGCAUUGUAUAAUGCUAACAAUCGAUCACGAGCGUCCAUGCUAUUGGCAGAUUUCCUGGCACUUCAGUCAAUCUCAUGGCAGGUUUUUCAUGCACAUGUGCACUGUUGUAGGUAGUACCAAGUAGCUAGUGUGCAACAAUCAUUGACAUUUUCCCGGUGAAUGCUCUUGCAUUCACUCCCACUGACUGGUACUACUGUUGACGUUAUCAACCGGUGUACGCAUGCAAAUGCGUACACCGGUAUGUACUUUUUCAUAAUUAUUAGUUUUUCUUCAAAGUAGUUUUUUUCUUCUAACUGUUAUCGUUGUUGAUGGCCACCAACUGUGUACCGUCAAGUUGACUUGAUUCGAAUCGCCAAAUUCACUGUGCGUUUUAAGCAGAGGUGUUCCGUUCCCAGUGCA